CGGGCAUAGAACAGGAAAGGAAGAGAUGGAGACUGGCAACGGUGGUGAAACGGUGGAGCAGCAGCCGAUAGCGGUGGAGACGGGCAAACGUGGUCUGAUGGCGGGGCAAGAGCCGGAGGGGAAGAAGAUGAUGAAUAUAAUGGUGGCUAUUGAUGAUAGCCACGAGAGUUUCUACGCACUUGAAUGGGUUCUUGAUAAGUUGUUGAAGUACAGUGGUGGCGCCGCUCCUCAGACGGCGGAGGAGCAGGAGCACUCCAAGGUGGUCACCAUGGUCCAUGUCAUAGAGCCCCUGCCUCGCCAUGCCUUCCCUAGUGGUGGAUAUGUGGUGGAAUCUGCAAGUAAAACCCAAGAGCAAAAUGGUGCAAGAAUACUCUCUCGUGCAUUUGACAUGUGCAGGGACAAAAUGGUGAUAGCUAAAACUCUUAUUCUUGAGGGAGAUCCAAAGGACAGGAUUUGUCGGGCCAUAGAUGAAGUGAACAUUGAUCUUCUUGUGGUUGGUAGCAGAGGACUUGGCCAGAUCAAGAGGGCUUUUUUGGGAAGUGUUAGCGAUUAUUGUGCUCAUCAUGCAAAAUGUGCUGUCCUUGUUGUGAAACCGACCAAGAAACACGAUUGAUGGUAAGAAAGAAUCGAAGUAAUAAUAAUUUAGAAUCAAGAAAUCGUAGAACGAAAGUCCUAUGAGUGAAGUAAUACAAGUGAAAUAAUAUCAUUAUAUAUGUAUGCUCUCAUAAUCAAGAUCGUAUGUAUGUGUUGUAAUAAAGAUGAACUUGUUGAACUUUAUGUAAAUUGACAAUAUGGGUGAUGUUUAGCUCGAUUUCUGGUUAUUAUUCCAUGCUCAUGGUAAUAAGAUAGCAAAUUAAAUCU